AUGAUCAAGAAGACAGAGGGGGACACCUCCAGUCCCAGUCCUUGCCUGCCUUGUUUCCAAAGCCAGUGCCAUCAGUCUCAUCCACAGCUUGCAAUAUUUUUUGGGAGGCAGAGCAAAGCCUUCACUCAUUCACUUUUUGCUGAUACGAGGGUCUGGUUUGACACAGGCAUCAUCUCCCUCAUGUCCCUGGCUGUGCCCUCGUACGAGCGCUGCUGCACCGUGACGAGGACAGCAGAGCCUGACACCACCAACUACAGGAAAGCAUGGGCAGCCAUCCUCCUGUCCUGGACUUACUCCCUGCUCUGGACUGUUCCUCCUCUUCUUGGCUGGAGCAGCUACGGGCCAGAAGGAGCAGGGACAACCUGCUCUGUGAACUGGCAUUCCAAGGAUGCCAACAACACCUCCUACAUCAUCUGUCUUUUCAUCUUUUGCCUCGUAAUCCCGUUUGCCAUCAUUGUCUGUUCCUAUGGGAAGCUGCUCUGUGCUGUCAGACAGCCAUCACAUGAAAUGCUGCAUUUGGCCUCAGGAGAGUUGCCUGUCCUCAGCAAAGCUGUGGACAUGGAGCAGGCUUUUAAGAUGCUCUGUAACAAAGAAAUCUUUGGCUGCUGCUGGCUGGGCUUUGCCAUCUUCCCAUUGCCUCAACCAUGUCACGAGGCUGAUGCUGCAGUAAGGCUCAGGGAAGGUGCCCCAGCAGUCCUGUUUGUGAAACAACCAGUGCCAGCAGGGCUGACCUCUGUGCUGUGCUCUGUCCCCCAGGGGAGCAGCAGGGGCCGCGAGCAGUGUGUGCAGCUGAUGGUGCAGCUGAUGGUGCUGCUGAUGGUGCUGAUGGUGCUGCUGAUGGUGCAGCUGCUGGUGCAGCUGAUGGUGCAGCUGAUGGUGCAGCUGAUGGUGCAGCUGAUGGUGCAGCUGAUGGUGCUGCUGCUGGUGCUGUGCUUCCUCCUCUGCUGGCUGCCCUACGCAGCUGUGGCACUGCUGGCCACCUUUGGGCAGCCUGGGCUCAUCACCCCUGCAGCCAGCAUCGUCCCAGCCAUCCUGGCCAAGAGCAGCACUGUCUACAACCCCGUCAUCUACAUGUUUCUGAACAAACAGGUCAGUGGAAUGCUCUCCUUCAUCCGUCUGGAUUCCAUCUGUGCAAGGAGUGACAAAAUGGCAAAGGGAGAUAGGGAGAGCAUCAGUGACAUCACCCAGAUCCGUGAGAGGGAAGCUCUGGAAAAGGGCUCCAAGGAGCAAACCUAUUCAACAAAUCUGCAUUUUUGGCAGUUGGACAACCAGCUCCCCACAUGUGCAAAUAGCAAAUGA